AACCCUAUGAGGCAAGGGCUAUACGAUUCCUACUUCAUAGUGGGGGAAACUGAGGCACAGAGAGGUUAUGUGCCUUCCCCAGACCACACAGCUUAGAAGUGGCAGAGGGAGAAUUUGAACCCAGAUGGUCUGGCUACCAAGACCACACUUUCCAAAGAUGACACACACAUGAACUCUCAGAAAGUAGAUGAAUUGCCUCCUUUUCCAGAUCUUAAAAGAUCUGGUUCCAUGUAGUUUCAAAAUCCCAAAUGCCACUUUGUUUAAAGCUUCACUUCAUCCCCGGCUCAGGCCCGUGUCCCGCUGCAGUGAGAGUCUAGUGGGACAUGGGGGGGCCUCAGGCCUGUUUCUCUUUGUGCCUUUCCUCCCCACCCAGAAAUGUGGCCUGUGGCCCCCUCAGGGCCAUGGGCAGAGAGGAGGAAGGCAAGGACAGGGCAGGAAGGUUUCUACUUGGCUAUUGUACUUGUGAGGUGGAGACAAGGCCUUCUGUGUGGUUGAGGCACUGUUGCUGGAUCUGUCUGGGUGGGGGGCACUUUGAGGACCCUCGUCACUACAGAGUAUGUUCCCAUGGCUCCAUGAACUGGGCCCCACUAGAGGCUCGCCACCAUCUCCCGGCUCCCUCCAGCCUCUUUCUGCCAAGGUCAACCCCUGGGAGCCCUGUCCCAUGAGGGUCUUUGCCAGACAGCCUCCAGCCAGCUCCCUGUGGAGGUAUCCACCAAUGCCUCACGGAAACACGAGGACCCCUUUGUUGUCACAAAGAAUGCUGGAGGCGUGGGUCAUUUCCACUCCAGCCUCUAUUCCCUCUGCCCCACAGGCCCUUUCCACGCCAUCCCUCACUUGGAGACCUAGAGGUCUAAGUGCCCGCAAAUUCCAGGGAACACAUUUCUAGCUCUCUGGGAGAGGUUCCCUUGGAGCUGCCCUCACUUGGCCUGGAGAGGAGGAAAGACCCAGGCCUUCCCUCACCCCUGGGGGGACUCGCAGUUCAUUCUCCACUCUCCCCGGAGAAAGCCUCACUCUGAGCCUCCUCCUCUUCUCCCUUCCCACAGCCUAGCAGGGGUCGAGUGGCCAGUGCUGGCAGAGCUAGUGACAUGUAAUCGCUGUUAGCAAGACCUUAGUUGGGCAUGGAGGUUCUCAGUCACUGCUCUUCUGUUCUCAGCCUCUGGGACCUCUGUGGAAAUUUUGGGGCAUGGGAGAAGUCAAGUGUAAUAUCUGGCAUCCUGAUCUCAUCCUGCACCUGCUCUGCCUCCUUGGAGCUGCCCGCCCCCCAACCUCCAGACCCCUUGACCGAAGGAGCCGGUGCCUGCCUGCCUGUCCCCGGAAGCCCGAAUGGUGUUCUCUCCACUUCCUGGUUCCGAGGACACAAGGCCCAGCCAGAAAGCCUGAUCUUCUCCCCUGAGGGCCUCCCACGGCCCAACCACGCCAGCCAGGAGACACUGGACACCCAAAGCAGUCUGAUCAUUGGAAGCGGGACGGCUCAAGACACGGUGCUGGAAACCAGCAGAAGACGCAGGAGUGCAACAGAGCAGAUACCUGGCCAAGCCAGCUCCAACGCGGUGAUGCUGCUGACAUUCCCUUAUGCCUCCGAGGGUGUUAUCCAGAGUGACCUCAACUAUUCGGUGAUCCUGGAGUGUCUGGCUUCUUCUAUAACCCCCAAACCCGUGCUGCACUGGACCCUCAAUGGGGAGCCCUACAGGACGGGGUCUCUGCUGAUCAUCCGGAAGUUGUCCUGGGAGCAGCUGGGCACCUACGUGUGCACGGCCAAGAACAGCCAGGGACAGUAUUCCUCCUAUCCUGUGACCCUGUCGCUUCCACAAGACAACGUGGAUCCCACAGAUGCUGAGCCCAUCGAGCCAGACCCCGUUCUGUCCGUGUCAGGAGGAGCUGCCAUCGGCCUCCUCCUGGCUGGAAAUAUAGGGGCCGUAAUGCUGAUCGGAGGCAUAGGCUUCACCAUAGUCCACAGCAUAAGGACUAACAGGCAAAGAAUACGGAUGUGCUGCUGAAGUGGGCACUUGUCUGUCAGCCUCAGAGAAGAAGUUAGUCAUUUCCUGCAUGGGUGGUGACAGGAUGGGACCUAGUUCUUGCAGCUCCAAAUCUGGCCGGGUCAUGACACAGCAGCCACCGCCCAAACCAGCCAGCGUCCAGCCGUCCUCUGGCCAAGCCUGUAGCAAGUCUGGCUCCCUUGCCCUUUGGAACAGCUGAGAAUUUUUUGAAAGUCCCUCCCCUUGCCUAAAAAUAAACUGGGGAGGGGCACCAGGGUGGCUCAGUUGAUAAACGUCUGCCUUCGGCUCGGGGAGUGAUCCCAGCAUCCUGGAAUUGAGCCCCGCAUCUGGCUCCUCCGCUGGGAGCCUGCUUCUUCCUCUCCCACUCCCCCU